CUAUCUGUCAGUAACAAACAUCCCGAGCUGCAAUCCGCUAUAAGGUUCCAGAUCUAAUAACACGGCUGCUAUUCAAUACUUUUGAUUUUUUGGAGGUUUGGAGCUUUUCCGGAAACACAGAGAGAACAUGCUUGGGCGGACAUAGCCGUACCGGGACUGCUGCUGCCUCCUCAGCCGGCUGAAGGACGGAGCAGGACGGACAGGCGCAGAUGGAUAGGCCGGCCAGGCUGCUGCUGGUGUCCGAGCUUCGCGUCAGAAAUGCCGCGUACGAUGUGAGCCUGAGCCGCUCACUUCUCACCUGGAAGAGACGGGCCCCCAGCCCGGUGUACCACCCGUUCAGACCCAGUGUGUGUCACAGCGUGCCGGUGUCGGAGAUCAUCUCCAUCCGAGUGGAGGAGGAGGCGAGCGGCAGCAGACGGAAAGAGGAUGGCAGCUGGAAAAAGAUCACAGAGAUAGACGGAAAGGACGGCGGGCAGGCCUUCACAGUGUCAUAUGUGGAGAGGUGUCGGCAGCACCGCUGGCGGUGUGCUGAGGUGACCUUCACAUGUCCAGACGAGCCACUUUGUCAGAGCUGGAUCUGCAGCAUCAGAGACCAGAUCGCCACCAUCAUCAGCAGACCCAAACACCUGCUGGUCUACAUUAACCCGUACAGCGGGAAGCGUCAGGGCAAGCGCGUCUACGAGCAGAAGGUCGCCCCGCUGUUCGCUCAGGCCGGCGUCUCCACACACGUCAUCGUUACGGAGUACGCUAAUCAUGCGAGGGAUCACCUGAGAACAGGUGCCGAGCUCAAGAAGUUCGACGGUGUGGUGUGUGUAGGAGGAGACGGCAUGUUUAGUGAGAUCAUCCAUGGUCUGAUUUGGAGGACGCAGAUUGACAGCAGCAUAGAUCCACACUGUUCCGAUGAGACGCUGUCUUCCUGCUCGCUCCGAAUCGGAAUCAUCCCUGCAGGUUCAACAGACUGCAUCUGCUUCGCUACUGUGGGAACCAAUGACCCAGUGACCUCUGCACUGCACAUCAUAGUGGGAGAUUCUCAACCAGUGGAUGUGUGCUCAGUUCACCACAACAACACGUUCCUGCGAUACUCCGUCUCCCUGCUGGGAUACGGUUUUUUUGGCGAUGUGCUAACUGAUAGUGAGAGGAAGCGGUGGAUGGGACCAGCCAGAUAUGACCUGUCAGGUGUGAAAAUGUUCCUGACUCAUCAUUACUACGAAGGAACCGUGUCCUACCUGCCGGCCAGGGGCACCAUCGGGACACCACGAGACGCUGGCAGGUGUCAAUCCGGCUGUGGGGUUUGCCAGCACAAUGGGCAGAUACUUUCAGAGAAGUCUGAGAAGUACAAGACAGAUGACACAUCAGACUAUGAGAACGAUGCAGAGUGGAGAACAAUCCGAGGAAAGUUCUUAGCUAUCAAUGCUGCCAGUAUGAGCUGUGCUUGUCCUCGCAGCCCGAAAGGCCUCUCACCUGCCGCUCACCUGGCUGACGGCACCACCGACCUCAUCCUGGUCCGAAAGUGUUCCCGCUUCGACUUCCUCAGACACCUCUUCCGACACAGAAGCAAAGAUGACCAGUUUGACCUGACCUUUGUGGAGGUCCACCGGGUGGUGCGUUUCCGCUUCACGCCGCGGCACUGCCAGAGCGACUCAGACCUGGAGUUGGACCUGCUGGAGAACGGCAAACACCAGAUCUUCAGCCAGAUCUGCAGAGACCACCCGGCUUGUGGUUGCGCUCCCGCCUACAGCAGCUGGAACUGCGAUGGCGAGACCCUGAGCCACACAGCCAUCGAUGUCAGAGUUCACUGCCAGCUGAUCAAGUUGUUUGCUCGAGGGAUUGAAGAACCACAGGUGUUUGAGGACCUCAGCAACACCUGUGCAAUAUAAUCCCACCGCUGCUCGCUGGUUCCCAUCACACACUGGAGCCUUCUCUGAUUCCAGCUGCUGCCUUCGCUGUCAUGUAACAUCACAUCUGUUAUCAGAGCAACCCGACAUGAUCGCUGACUCAACAAUGAGUCGUGCUGUUGUCUCUUACAGAUAUUAGCUCCACAGAGAGAAAUGUAAGGUUAUUUUUAACAUCCUAAAGUUAAAAAUCUUCAGCAGCUUCAGAAAUGUUCCCAGGAACGAGCCCUGCAGGACGUCAGCUGGAGGGAAAAGAUUCACACUGAGGUUUUGAUUUAUUCUGGUGGACUCUUGGUGUUUGGAGUGGCUGCUGGGUGUCUGGUUCCUCAUUUAUUCCACACUGAGCUCCGGUUGUGAAACAUACACCUGCACUGUUUUGACAACGGUUCACGCACAAAAGGUCACAGCAACACAAAGUCGUCUUCAUUGCGUCGAUGCAUCUGUCCUGUUUCUGUUCAUCCAGAAGCUCUAACUGCUUUCUUGUGUCUGAUUAGACUCUACAUUUCUGAUUGUGUUUGACAUCAGCGCCUUGCCUGAGUCGUCCGUCUUGUUAGACUUUUAAAUUUACUUUUAGAUUCAGUCUGUGUUCAGUUUUCAGUGUUUGGGGAAUUUCACCCAGGACUGAUAAAUCCAACUUCUCAGUCUCACAUGUGGCUGAGAAGAUGCUUUUCAUCUCAGCAGUGCAAGUAAGAAAAAUCACUUCUUUUAUCUGCAUAUUGUGUAAGAGUAGAUUACACACACACACACACACACAUAUAUAUAUAUAUAUAUAUAUGAGCAUUUACUAAUAAUGAACUAUUUCUAAAUGAACAUUAUAUUUGGAGUUACCUGUUACAUGCAUGGAUGCCAGACACCUUCCAGUCAUUCCCACAGUCAUGUGAUCAGAAGUAAGAAGGAAACUGUAGUAGGCACUUAUUAUUUUAAAUUUUCUGGUCUCUGAUGGUUCCUGUAGACUUAUUAUUUUAAAUUUUCUGGUCUCUGAUGGUUCCUGUAGACUUAUUAUUUUAAAUUUUCUGGUCUCCGAUGGUUCCUGUAGGCUUAUUAUUUUAAAUUUUCUGGUCUCCGAUGGUUCCUGUAGGCUUAUUAUUUUAAAUUUUCUGGUCUCCGAUGGUUCCUGUAGGCUUAUUAUUUUAAAUUUUCUGGUCUCCGAUGGUUCCUGUAGACUUAUUAUUUUAAAUUUUCUGGUCUCUGAUGGUUCCUGUAGACUUAUUAUUUUAAAUUUUCUGGUCUCCGAUGGUUCCUGUAGACUUAUUAUUUUAAAUUUUCUGGUCUCCGAUGGUUCCUGUAGGCUUAUUAUUUUAAAUUUUCUGGUCUCCGAUGGUUCCUGUAGGCUUAUUAUUUUAAAUUUUCUGGUCUCCGAUGGUUCCUGUAGGCUUAUUAUUUUAAAUUUUCUGGUCUCUGAUGGUUCCUGUAGGCUUAUUAUUUUAAAUUUUCUGGUCUCUGAUGGUUCCUGUAGUCUCAUCGUGGGCCUCCUAAUGUGUUCGUUUCUCAGGAACAUCUGAACUUAGUGAAAUACAAGUGAAGUUGCUUUUCUACGAGUAGUUAAAAAUUUUAACUUGUCAGUCAAGCUGGUUAUGGAUGAGUAAACUGCAGAGUGCACGUUUAUGUUUCUCAUUGGUCCUGUUUGAUAUGCAAAUGAACAGAAAGCAGAUGAUUGACAGAAUCACUGCUUCAGCACUAGUUUUACAUAGUACCUGAACAGGUAACCUCAAAGUGAGUCCAUUCCUCAGCUGAAUUUCUAUUUUACACCAGUUAAAAGUGAUAUUCUUCACCUCAAAAAUCACCAUUUGAAAUGUCCAUAAAUCAACAUUAAAUGUCUUUUUUUUCCUUCUAAAAACAAAUAUUUAAAGACCUUUGCUGUUUGAUUCCUGGGCAGUGGCACAAAGAUCAGAAGAAAAGGGCACGAUGUGUACACGGACCCCCAAACAAACACUAAACUGAGGAUUUUCUAGGGAUCACAAGGCAAAAAGUUUGAGAACCACUCCAGUGAAGGGUGCAGACAGUCUGACUUUAGCCCAUAAAUGUUUAUCUGAAGUUUUUCUGAGUUUUUUGUCGAACUCCAAAAUAUAGUUUGUAUAUUAAUGAAGCAACUCGCUGUGAGAAAUCUAGUUUUUUAAAAGGUGAAGAAAGCUUGGUUGUAAAGUCCAGUGUUGAUGCUCAGACAACUCCUCAUCCUACACUCACACACAUUUUGGUCUUUAUCUCUGAACUCCCCGGAGCUCGGAGCAUGUCAAAGCCUGACGCUCCGCCUCUGUAGCUGCUGCUCACCGCGCCCGCAGGGUCAAACUUUACAACAUGCAGUCUAAAUGUAGCUCCAUCACAUGUUUACGUAGAAUAAUCACAGCAAGGUUCCUCGCUGCGCCUCCGGAUGCUGACGUCACUUUGUCCAGUCUGUUCUCAUUAAAUAUCCAGAGGAGCUCAGAGGAGCUUCUUGUGUGGAUCAGCGGUGGAUCUGAACCGGGUCAGGAAGGGUGGAGCAUCAGCACUGGACCGUCUGGCUGUAGGUGCUGCUUAUUUGUUUGUCAACUAGCCAUAAUGUUUCCUUUCUGCUGAUGUCAAGCUGGACUCUGACGGAGGAGGGAACCAGUAGCAGGUCACAGUGCUCCAAAGCACCGACCAAUCAGCUUUCAGCUUUAUCCUGAUUUUAAUCUGACCUUAUACCAGCCAGGGUUCACUGAUGUAGCCAUUUAUCUGUAUGUAUGACAGGUGUAGGUUAGCAAACACGUUCUCGCAGGUUCAAAUAACCCAGGUCCAGUAGACCUGAGAAAACUACGCUCAUUUCUGCAAUAUAUGCAAGGAUAGCUAAAAAUCCAAACUCCUUUUUAAACUGGGAUGUGAACCAGGCCUGAGGAAGGUCACAUCUCUGUUUGUGUGGAACCAGGUGGAACCAGGUGGACCUGUGAAGACGUUGAGCUGACUUGUCUGUCUCCCUUGAUUUUUGUCUUAAAGUUUUGUUGAUGUACAAUCAGAAUCUGCUGUAUAACCCUUCAAACCAAACAUGUCAGGUUCGACUGAUGACUGAAAAAUGAAGUGAAUUUUCAAUGAAGAGAGGAUCACAAAUGUUCAUUUCCAUGAAGUCUGUGGUUCUGAAGAAUGAAAUGUGCUUCAGCAGCCUCAUCAGUCCAGCAACGGGGAGAUUUAUUUGCAUGUUUCUGUGAAAUGGUCGGUGCUGGACUCAUGUUAGCAUGUUAGCAUUCCAUUUAAGCUGGAAAAAGUGCUGGACAGUCAUGAUCUGCAUUGUUAGCUGAGUUGCUAACAAUCAGUAAGGCUAAACUGUCCAACCAAGCUAGCUUGUUACAUGGUGAUGUUACAGUUUGAAUUGGCAAGAAAAAAAACUAACUCCCACAGGGAAGGGGUCUUUUUUUAAGCUUUGUUAGCUUUAAUACUGGGAGGCUGUUGGCUGGUUAGUCACAGCAUCUCCCUGAAUGUUUCAUUUAUUCUUGAUUUUUAGCCUCCUGUUCCAGCAUUCAUCUUGACUUGAACAUGUUAGGAUAUCAUGUCUCCUCUAUGAAACAGUUCAGACUAUCAGAGGAAAUUAUUGCAAAGUAGAUGGUGACUGUUAUUAGAAAGAGCUCCUCCAGCACUGUCAGGGUGGCUCACUGCUGACCACUGGUGUGAUUCAUCGCAACUAAACUGAAUGUUGAAAUCUCGAGUUUCUGACCAGAUCCACAGGAACUAAGGUUACGCUCACACUGCAGGACUUAAAGCAACACCACUGAACUUUGUCAGAUUUUCACACUUAUUAGUUUUUUCUAGCAGUCUUUUUCUGAAAUUCAGUAUUUUGCUACUUAAAUCAGAUUUGUGCUCUUCAUGGAGAAAAAGUCAGAUUUGAGACAUUUUUGCCUGCAGUGUGAACGUGGCCUUAACGUGGACGCAUCAGUAGCUAAACAUCACAUUUCCUCCACUGGCGAGUCUUAAGUUGGAAGUAAGACUUUCCACCUGGAAACAAGCUGACUUUGCUUCACAUUGGACAGAAAAAUUGUGGGAAAACAGAUGUGAGCUUUCAUCAUGACGGACAUAUAGAACAUGUAGAACAGCCUUCAACCACAAAUGAAUUAAUCUGCGCAUUUAUCAUAUUUAUUAUUCUGAUAGUUGUUUUGCAGUUUUCAGGUAGAAUCAGCAAAAAUCAAUCGUUCAUUUUCAUAUGUUUUUAUGUUCAGAGUGAUUGUUCUUCAAGCUUUUUCUGAGAGUAUGUCUGCUUCUGGAAGUCUCUCCUGCUUUCAGAGAAUGUAGUUUAAUCUGACACUGAAAACCUGUUCGAUCCCGUGAAUCGGUCGACUUCUAGCUGUAAUCUGAGCUGUAAUAUUUUCCUCUGCUGUAGCUGUUGUAUAAUCAGGAAAUAAAACUUUUCCACAACAUCA